ACCUCCGGCCAUAAUAAGAACCUGGAACUUUGGACCGUUCUCUGGGAUACCAAAUCAAUGGGCACUUAUCCUGGCGUGCUAUGGGCUGGUUUGAUGAUCGGCACUUUGUUGGAAUGCACGAACCUCGUUGUUCAAGUUACAGUAGCCAUAAUCCUCGUUCAGACUCUGUACGGCUUCAAGUUGUGGGAAGUUGGUGUCUUUGAUUUUGCUGGACCGAUAGGUGCUCAUCUGGCCGUGUUCUUCGACGGCCGUCUCACCGACACCAUAAGCAACCGCUGGGUCGCACGCAACGACGCUCUCUGCCUUCCUAAGUAUCACCUCUCUCCCUUGCUAAUUUAA